CCCCUCCCACCCACCGAGGCGGAGGGCGAGGGCGAGAUCCAGAUCCGGCCCGCAGAUCCACCGCCGCCCGCCCGCCAUGAACCCGACGCGGCCCGCGCAGGCGUCGUUCCGCGACCGCACCAACGAGUUCCGCUCUGCCGUCGAGAGCGCGCGCCGCCACGCCGCCCCUUCCUCCUCCUCCUCCUCCGCUGUCGCAGCCGCCGCGGCGAGCAGCAGCGGGAGCGGCGGCGCCGGGCCCCUCGAUGGCUCGAUCGCGGCCACUUCGGCGCGCUCGGAGUUCAACAACCGCGCGUCCAAGAUCGGGCUCGGGAUCCACCAGACCUCCCAGAAGCUAGCCCGCCUCGCCAAAUUGGCAAAGAGGACAUCUGUUUUUGAUGACCCUACUGUGGAGAUUCAAGAGCUGACUGCAGUUAUCAAGAAGGAUAUCACUGCUUUGAAUAGUGCUGUUGUAGACCUACAAGCUCUCUGCAAUUCACAAAAUGAGAGUGGGAAUCUAUCCAAGGACACGACUAAUCAUUCCACUACAGUUGUGGACAACCUAAAAAACCGCCUGAUGAGUGCGACAAAAGAAUUUAAAGAAGUUCUUACCAUGCGAACAGAGAAUUUGAAGGUUCAUGAAAAUAGAAGGCAAAUGUUCUCCUCGUCAGCUGCAAAGGAUGCAUCAAAUCCAUUCAUUCGUCAACGUCCCCUUGUUGCUAGGGAUCCAUCCGAGUCCUCUGUCCCCCCAGCACCAUGGGCCAGCGACUCUGCAUCUACACCAUUAUUCCAGAGGAAGAAAACUAAUGGAGACCAUGGAGCAUCAUCGUCAUCCCAGCCUUUCCAGCAGCAGCAAUUGGCUGUACAGCAGGACAGUUACAUGCAGAGCAGAGCUGAAGCUCUACAAAAUGUGGAAUCGACCAUCCAUGAGCUGAGCAACAUCUUUACACAGUUGGCAACCAUGGUUUCUCAACAGGGAGAGCUAGCAAUCAGAAUUGAUGAGAACAUGGAUGAAACACUGACUAACGUCGAGGGAGCGCAGGGGCAGCUCCUGAAGUACCUCAACAGCAUCUCAUCGAACAGGUGGCUGAUGAUGAAGAUAUUCUUUGUGCUGAUGGUGUUCCUCAUGAUCUUCAUAUUCUUCGUCGCAUGAUUCCUUCUGUACCAUCUCGCCCCACAUGCUCUGCAUAGAUGGCUGCUAUGCGUAGUAUUCUUUAAUUUUUACUCAUACUACUACUACACCGUGUACACAAUUUUCACCCCCGGAUGAUAAGCAACCGUUCACCCUUUUGUGGUCAUGUAAAUUGGGACAAGCUCCUGCACUGACCUGUUACUCUUGAGUGGUGAUAUUUCCACAGUAUGUUUGAAGUAUUAUCUCGGGACCAAACCAAACAGUAAUACUCCUAGGUGAUAUCAAUGUUUCAGAAUCGCAGCUCACAAUUGUUAUUUGUUA